UCUACACUGAUGCCGGUGAUGCCCGGGAUUGAAUAGAAGCAUCCUCAAACCUCACAUCCAGCCAUGAAGAGCUGCAGCGUGUUGGCGUGGUUCCUGCUAAUGGUGCACAUUCCAGGUUGUGUGGAGGGAGCAAGCAGUUAUCCUCGGUUACGAUUGCGCCACGGGCCCAACAAGGAGCUGAUUCUACAGAGAGAUGUUGAACAAGACGAAGAGGAGGAGGAUGUCCUAUCCGUCCGGAAGCGGUGCGAAUGUCGCUGUCGUAGUAGGGUGCACAACAGCGACUGGGAGUGCUGCCCCUGUCCCUGGACUAACCAGGUUUGUUUCCCCGGUGACGCCACACUUACACUGGAGGAUGGCACUGAUAUCCCAAUGAAGAACCUCAGAGCGGGGCACAAGGUGAAAACAGUUGCCAAUGGCCAGGUGAGCUUCACCGAGGUGAAAACCUUUCUGAAACGUCAGCCAGCAAAGAGCGCCCUCUACCUGACGAUAUCCACGGCAAGUGGGCCAAGCCUGACUCUCUCCGGGCGCCAUCUUGUUUUCGUCGCUACAAGCAACAACACUGACAGCAUGCUACCACGGUUCGCGCUGACCGUGAAGCCAGGGGACUACCUGUUCUCAACGGGGACGUGUGGGCAGCCUCUGUGUCCAACCCUGGUCACUGACAUUCAGCCGGUUGUGAAAGAAGGCGUGUAUGUGCCACUUACAGAUGAAGGAACAGUUCUCGUUGAUGGCGUCUUUGCUUCGUGUUACUCCUCUAUCGACCAUCAUAUUGCGCAUGCGUUCACAGCGCCUUUCCGGUGGUUUCCAUGGCUACUCAAUUCAUGGCAAAAUGACGGCUAUAGCCCACUUGUUGAUUGGCUGAAGCAGUUCGGUCACAUGAUCUUACCAACAAAUCGUCAAUUUGAAGAGGUUGGGAAUCCAGCUCUCCCUCAACUUCGUAUAGAAUUGUAAUUGACAAAAAACAUUUACAUUUUCUUGCAGCAGGUUUUCAUGUACCAGAAAGCGUUUCAGAAACGGGUUUAAUCAAGUUUAUACUACACAACAUUCGAUAGGGAUAUUCAGAGUGUGGGAUGUAAACUGAGUGUGAUUGGAUGCUUGGAGAU